AUGAGUGAUAAAAAUGCUCGUAUUGCUAUUGUCAGUGAAGACAGAUGUAAACCAAAAAAAUGUCGUCAAGAGUGUAGACGUUCAUGUCCAGUAGUUAAAACCGGUAAACUUUGUAUCGAGGUUACUCCAACUUCUAAAAUUGCUUUCAUUUCUGAAGUUUUAUGUAUCGGUUGUGGUAUUUGUGUAAAGAAGUGCCCAUUCGAUGCUAUUCAAAUUAUCAAUUUACCAACAAAUUUGGAAUCUCAAGUAACUCAUCGUUACUCAGCUAACAGUUUUAAAUUACAUAGAUUACCAACUCCAAGACCAGGCCAAGUUUUGGGUUUGGUCGGUACUAAUGGUAUUGGUAAGUCUACUGCUUUGAAGAUCUUAGCUGGUAAGCAAAAACCAAACUUAGGUAACUAUCAGAAUCCACCAGAAUGGCAAGAAAUUAUUAAAUACUUCCGUGGUUCUGAAUUACAAAAUUAUUUUACUAAGAUGUUAGAAGAUGAUAUCAAAGCUAUAAUUAAACCACAAUACGUCGAUAACUUGCCUCGUGCUAUCAAAGGUCCUAUUCAAAAAGUUGGUGAAUUAUUAAAAGUUAGAAUGGAGAAAUCAGAAGAUGACGUUAAAUCUUAUUUAAAAAUCCUAGAAUUAAAGAACGUCUUAAAUAGAGAAAUCUCAAACUUAUCUGGUGGUGAAUUACAAAGAUUUGCUAUUGGUAUGACUUGUGUUCAAGAAGCCGAUGUCUAUAUGUUCGACGAACCUUCUUCUUAUUUGGAUGUUAAGCAACGUUUGAAUGCUGCUGAAAUUAUUAGAUCCUUAUUAGGCCCAACUAAAUAUGUUAUUUGUGUUGAACACGAUUUGUCUGUUUUAGAUUAUCUAUCUGAUUUCAUUUGUAUCUUAUAUGGUAUCCCAUCUGUUUAUGGUGUUGUCACUUUACCAUCUUCUGUUAGAGAAGGUAUCAAUAUUUUCUUAGAUGGUCAUAUUCCAUCCGAAAAUUUAAGAUUCAGAACUGAGGCUCUUCAAUUUAGAUUAGCCGAAGCCGGUGAAGACUUACAAAAUGAUGCUACUAGAGCUUUCAGUUAUCCAAAAAUGAAGCGUACACAAGGUGAUUUCGUUUUGAAUGUUGAAUCUGGUGAGUUCUCAGACUCCGAAAUUGUCGUCAUGAUGGGUGAAAAUGGUACUGGUAAGACUACUCUAAUUAAAUUGUUAGCCGGUGCAAUUCCAGCUGAUGAUGGUACUUCCGUCCCAAAAUUAAAUGUUUCCAUGAAACCACAAAAGAUUGCUCCAAAGUUCCCAGGUACUGUUAGACAAUUAUUCUUCAAAAAGAUAAGAGGUCAAUUCUUAAGCCCACAAUUUCAAUCCGAUGUUUGUAAGCCAUUAAAGAUAGAUUCAAUCAUCGAUCAAGAAGUUCAACAUUUAUCUGGUGGUGAAUUGCAAAGAGUUGCUAUUGUCUUAUCCUUAGGUAUAGUUGCUGACCUUUACUUAAUAGAUGAACCAUCUGCCUACUUAGAUUCUGAACAACGUAUUGUCUGUUCUAAAGUUAUCAGAAGAUUCAUUUUACACAACAAGAAGACUGCUUUCGUUGUGGAGCACGAUUUUAUCAUGGCUACUUACUUGGCCGAUAAGGUUAUUGUCUUUGAAGGUACCCCAUCCAAGAAUGCUACUGCUAGAGAACCGGAAUCAUUAUUAACUGGUUGUAACAGAUUCUUGAAAAACUUGAACGUUACUUUCAGAAGAGAUCCAAACUCAUUCAGACCAAGAAUUAACAAAUUAGAUUCCCAAAUGGAUAAAGAACAAAAAUCUUCUGGUAAUUAUUUCUUCUUAGAUAGCGCUUCUAUCUAA